AGGCCAACCGUCACGGCGUUACCAAGGCAAAGAAAAGGCUUGGCCGUGGAUUCUUUUGGAAUUAUUGACCCAUCAUGAGCCAGUCUCUCCAUCAAGGGCCACGCAACAGCAACUAUAACCCCGUCCCCCAAACCCCUGGCAUGAUUGGCAAUCGUUACGGGACGAGUUGCAGUUGCAUCCGCUUGAUGAUGCUUCCGCCUGAUUCUCAGCAGCGCCCAGCACCGCCUCAUGUUGCGAUUUCUGUUUCCACGCUGCGUAGUGAGUGUGGGGACUCGGCAAAGGGGGACUCGCCAGCAGCUGGCGUAUGUUGGUCGCGGAACGUCGUAUUCUGUGUCUGGUUGUUUUGACGUCCACCAUCAUGCCAGAUGCUCUCGAUUAUCUCAUGUUCGCUUCUUUCUGCCCUCCAGGAUUGCCUGCCUGCCCAGCCCAGUGCCUCAGUGGACCACCCCCAACAUCAUCCCCGCCACCGGCCGAGUUGUUUUGCUCCAGGCCGCUCGGGACGGUUUGAUCGCCAUGCCCCGGCGCAACCUCAUUCUCCCUUGCCCCGGGUACGUCGAUCCCAUAGGCGGUGCCGGCCGCGCGAAAGAUGACAACCGCAGCCUAUCCGUACCUUUGCUGCGCAAUUGGCUGGAAGAGCCGUAUACCUUCUAUACCGGACUUAUCGUACUGGCAACUAUAGCCAGAACCUCAACAAGGUUGUCGAACAGAAUUAGCAAGACCGAGCGAAGUCGAAAACAUCAGCCGAAGGAAGCGAGUCGGGCACGUCACGGUAGUAGGGCGAGUAGAGCCGAAGAGGGAAGACUGUCUCGCGACCCUCCCAGUCAUGAUUUCAAUAGCAUGGAAACCCUCCAACCGUAUUCGCCCAUCUCACCUUAACAGUGUCAGUAGUUGCGAAUAUAGGCUCGAGCAAGCAAGGUUCGUUCCUUGAGAGGGGGUUGAUUCGGGGAAGCUUUUGCCCAUGUUUCGUUUGGCCUUUUACACCACGUCCAAAAUGUCCCAACCACAGGCUUGCCAUCCUUCUCUCCCAGAAUAAACACAGUUCAGAGUUAGGUUGCCUUUGCCACCGGGUCUCGUUGCCCCUUCUGAGUUUCCGGUAGCCUCCAAGAU